AUGGCGCAUUUGAUAAAGAAACUUGGCAGUUUAUUUUCCAUGAAGGACUUGGGGCCAUUGAAUUAUUUCCUGGGUAUUGAGGUCAAAUAUAAUGGUGAUUCCAUGCAUCUCAGUCAGUCUAAGUAUGCCUUAGACUUACUCACGAGAACUAAGUUCACAGAAGCCAAACCUAUUUCUACUCCGGUGGUGACUGGUCAGAAAUUAAGUGCCUAUGAUGGUGAUCCACAUGAAAAUCCAGAAAUGUAUCGUAGUGUUGUUGGUGCUCUACAUUAUCUCACGAUAACUCGGCUUGAUUUGUUGUACGCUGUAAAUCAGGUGUGCCAGUUUAUGCACUCACCGAAGAACACACAUUGGGCAGCGGUCAAACGAAUACUUCGUUACUUGAAAGCUACGUUUAAUCAUGGCUUACUGUAUAAACCAGGAGAUGCAAAGUUAACAGCCCAUUUUGAUGCAGAUUAUGCUGGUAACCUAGAUACUCGUCAUUCUACCGGUGGUUUUUGUAUUUAUUUGGGUUCAAAGCUUGUUUCCUGGAGUUCAAAAAAGCAGAAGACCGGCUCCAAAUCGAGUGCCGAGGUGGAGUACCAAACCAAACAUUUGGAAGUGGACUAUCAUUAUGUUCGUGAGAAAGUUUUUCGUGGUCAACUCUUGGUACAAUAUGUUUGUUCUCAGGACCAGCUCACUGAAAUUUUCACUGAAGGUCUAUCUUUGUCAAGAUUUAAAUUCCUUGUUUCCAAGCUUCUAGUUGUUUCACAACCUGUUAGCUUGCGGACUGUUAGACGAAGUCAACCUCAGGAUAAUUCCACCGUGCUUUGA